UGUGUGGGGAGUCUAGUUGUCGUAGAAAUGAACGCGGAAACAUGCGGACGCUAUGACUAAUAACAGAUUAGAUGGUGUUCUUAUAACAAAAAUUCCAUUGUGAUUUAUUUUAAGAAUUUUAGAUAAUUUUUAAUGACAGACUGGAAAUUUAGUCGUGUAGAGAAUUUAAUUCCCAAAUUGGAUAAUUAUUUGAAUGAUUAAAUGGUAACAACACGUGAACUAACCUGGUAUGUUGGGAAUAACUAUAUUUAACAGGAAUAGUUUGUAAUUAAGAAAAUUCAUAUUUAUUGAUUGAAAUAUUCAAUAAAGAGUCGCCACAGAACGAGGGCAGUUUACAGAGACCGCUAUCUGACUGACAUCAAUCAUCUCGCACAUUACAGCAGACAGACAAAACCAUCCCAGACUGUACCAGCGUGUCUGCUAAAACAGCUGGAAUACAAAACAGGAUUUUAAGCGUACAAAAAUCAUAGGACCAAGAAGAAUGAGUAACACAGCCGCACUUGAAAACGGGUGGGACGAACAUUUUGCAUUCAAUGUAUCACGUGAGGAUAGGUCACGUGCAUCAAAGCUAAGCACGAGAAAUGGAAGGUCGAGUCCAACCCACAGUGCACACGGUAGCUUAAUUAGACAUAGUAUUCUGAAAGCUACGGACGAUAAGAGAGCGAAGAAAGUACGAUUUUACAGAAAUGGCGAUCGUUUCUUUAAAGGAAUGGUUUAUGCUGUGUCACCAGAAAGAUUUCGAACGUUUGAAUCUUUGUUAGCAAACCUAACUGACAGUCCUGUCGGUGAUAAAGCGGUUUUACCGCAUGGUGUCCGCCAUGUUUUCUCCAUCGACGGAUCUUGCAAAAUAAAUCGCCUGGAGGAUUUAGAGGAAGGCGAGAGUUACGUAUGUGCCUCGACUGACGUUUUCCGCCGGGCUGAAUAUGACAAUAGCGGAGCACCUGCCUGGAAUUCAAACAUUGCAAGUAAAUCAAAGUCUCGUGAAGCCACGUCUCAUAGUUCAACGUCAAAUGAAGCACUUACAUCUCGCGAUAACUACAUGGACGAGCAUAGAGAUUUCAUUAAACCAAAGCUUGUUACUAUAAUAAGAAAUGGUUCGAAACCUAGGAAAGCCGUCCGUGUUCUUCUGAACCGGAAAACAGCACAUUCAUUUGACCAGGUACUAACGGAUAUAACAGACGCAAUCAAACUAGACUCUGGGGCAGUGAAAAGGAUUUUCACCCUAGAUGGAAGACCGGUAUUAUGCUUGGCGGAUUUCUUCAAAGAAGAGACGAUAUUUGUAGCUUAUGGUCCAGAGAGAUACUACACUGACGACUUUGACUUAGAUGAAAAUGAGGUAAAAUAUGUUGCACCAUACAAACCAAGGACAACCGAACGUGUUACCCUUCGUUCUGCAAAGUCUGGAAGACGCUCGUCAUCUUACAAAAAUCUUUCUGAUGAGAGUGGUUAUCUUAGCCCGAGAGGUUCACCAAAAACACCAAAGAAGCUGAGGGCGGUGUCGGCACCGAAGUAUCGUAUGUACAGUGGGCCCGAUGGAGAGGAGUUCCAAGGAGGUCCGCCGACACUUGCACAGACCUAUGAGAUAGGAAAGAAGAUAGGAGAAGGGAACUUCUCUAUUGUGAAAGAAAGUAUACACAAACGAACAAACAAACGUUAUGCUUUGAAGAUAAUUGAAAAAGAGAAAUGCAGGGGAAAGGAGCAUAUGAUACAAAAUGAAGUGGAAAUAUUGAAGAAGGUGAAACAUCCAAAUAUUGUAGAAUUAAUCGAGGAAUUCGACUCUCAUACAGAAUUGUUCCUGGUCAUAGAGCUUGUGAAGGGCGGAGACUUAUUUGAUGCAAUAUCCAUGGCAACCAAAUACACAGAAAAGGAUGCAUGUGCAAUGGUGUUUAAUCUAGCUUGUGCACUCGACUACCUUCACAGCAAUAAUAUUGUCCACAGGGACGUGAAGCCGGAAAAUUUACUGGUCUGUGACCACGGUGACGGCACUAAAUCUUUAAAGCUUGGCGAUUUUGGUCUUGCAACAGACUGCACCGAGACUCUGUAUACAGUUUGUGGUACACCUACAUAUGUUGCACCGGAGAUUUUAUCAGAAACAGGGUAUGGUGCGAAAGUGGACGUGUGGGCAGCUGGAGUUAUUAUGUAUAUUUUAGUAUGCGGAUUUCCACCGUUUUCAAGUACAAGCAAUGAUCAAGAGGAAUUAUUUGAUGCAAUAUUGUCAGGAAAGUUUGAAUAUCCUUCCCCGUACUGGGACGACAUCUCGGAAGAGGCAAAGGAUUUAAUAAACAAGAUAUUAGUUAUCAACCCAGAGAAAAGAUGUUCUGCCGAGGACGUUACAAAACACGAGUGGGUCAAGGGCGAUCUUGCAUCUGACAGGGAUAUCCACGUAGAAAUUGCGAAAAAGAUAAAGUCUAGGUUCAACAGAAAGCCCGUGCCUUCCAUCAGCUCUGCUGGUAUAAGACUGGUCGCGGCGACAGCCUUAGACAAGGAGUCUAGAUUUUUCGAAGGACCGAAGCAUGCACAAUUUACGUUACCGGAUAAACGUGUACACGAGGACGAAGACAAUGAUGAAAUCUUUUAGUGUUUGAAAUUUAAAGAAAUAAAGAAGUGAUGAUGGGUGAAGCUGAUGCAAUACGUAAAUGAUAAAGAGCAGACAUGGCCAAAUUUGCGUCUGUAUUAUUGAUGGAAUUGUCAGAUUUCAGUAUAGUAUAUUGUACAAGAUUUUGAUUAUACCAUUAACAGAAUUUACUGACAAAUGAUAAAUAUUCGAAACAUGCACUUAAACAUAGCUGCACUAUUUAGAAAAGUAUGAAAAGGCAAAUAACGGAAACAAGCAUUUCUUCAUUAAUUUUGAACAUUUUUAUAGUUUCUAGAAAUAGAACAUUUUCAGUGGGGCUGAAUUUUAACAGAAGUAUAUUCUUUUAUGGUGAAAUUGCCGCAUAUGUUGCUCAUUGAAAAAAUUGAUUCAUUCAUGCAUAGAGUCGGCUAAAAUUACGUUAGAUUUUCCAACUUGAAGGCAUUUUCGCAGUACUGAAUGUUUAUAUUUUAAGUAGACAAUCAUCUAGCUUUUAUUACGGUUGCUUUUAAAUAUUUUUGCAUAUCGCUGAUUCAUACCAAAGUGAAAAUAUUUAAUGUAUAUUUCAAAGCUUGUCUUCAUAGUUUUUUUAACAGAAAGGAAAACCUGGAUGAAAAUGUUCUUUAUUGCAUGGAUACCGGUUUUACAAAACAGCAGUAAAAAAUUGGGAGUCAUUAUAAUAUGACAGAAGUAUUGGCAAUGCUAGAAAAAUCAAAGUUUACAAUAUGUAUGAACUACAGUCAAUGUUGUAAUAUAUGUUUGUAACCUAUCUGAGAUAUGUAACUUAUCUAAGCAACUAUGUAGUUAUAGUAUAUGCCGUGUAGUGUUAUGUUUUUCGCAAAAAAAGUAUUAGAACUAUACCAUAUGCAUUUCUAUAUUUCAUUUCUAUUUAUAUCCGCAUUUGUAUUAUGCUGCUGAUGCUUGAUUGUCUUGUAAACAAUUAAUCAAUAAAGUAUUUUCUUGCCAUC